AGCGCUGCAUCACCAAGUGGGACUAUAAGAAGGGUGGGAGUCCUACAGGAAGGCACCAUCCGGUCUAGUUUCUCCUGCAGUACAGGUCUUCUCCACUCAGCAGCCAUGAAAUUCUCCCUCAUUGCAGCCGUUGUUCUGCUUGCUCUGGCACAAGGAAGCUAUGCACAAGAUGCUGCCGAUCUCGAAAAGCUCGGUCAGUACUUUGAAGACAUGAAGAACAAGAUGGUCCAGGACCUGACUCAGAUUAUCAGCAGCCACGACCUUGGAAACCAGGCUCAGACCUUUGUGCAGGACAAGAAAAUCCAGCUGGAGCCCCUGGUCGCUCAGAUCCAGGAGCAGCUCAGGACAGUUGCCACCAACGCCGAGGCCCAGAUCACGCCCCUGGCUGCCAACGUGCAGGCUCAGCUCCAGCCCCAGAUCGAUUCCUUCAAGAAGCAGAUGGAGGCCAUCUUCCAACAGCUGACCAAUCCAAGCGCACCAAUUGAAAACUAAUGAAAUGGUCCUUCUAAAAGAUGCAAAUGUGCCUCCAUACCACCGUCUUGCAUCGGAUGCAGGCAGAAGUACAACAGCCUAAAAUGUGUUUCAGUGAUUAUUGACAUCAUAAUCUCGGUCCCAAAGCACAAAUAAAACUUGAAAUAAAACUUCA